CUCGCACUCCGCUGCAGCACCCUUAGCACCUCAGUUGAGCAGGAGCACCGCACUGAGUCACAUCUAUACACACACGUUCUCUGCACGCACAUACAAGCACACAUACGCGCACACAAGCACAGCCUCCUGCGGUAUCCCAUACGGCGCAGCGGCUUUUCCAACGGCAUACCAAGUGCGUUCUCGCCGGGAGAUGGGAGGUGCGGCUCCCGGGUCUCAGAACACUCUGAGAGGCUUAGUAGAGUCCUGCUGAUCGGGGAUGCUGCUGGAAGUCCGCUGCUGUUUCUUUCUCCCGUGCAGGAAUCGCUUCUAACUACACCUUUACCGGGGAUUUAAAGUGGACAAGCCGUCUGAUCAGGAUAUAACAUUACUCUAAGCAUUUCAUUUUUUGUGAGGGGAAGGGGGGAAGAGUAGAAGGAGUUGGGAUUGCUCUGGACGUGCCUCUUAUCCGCAGUGUCGAUGCGGCUGCGGCUGUGAAUGAUAUCUGCAUAGAUUACAGGUACAAGAUGUCUCCCAUCUGAAGAGAGGCUUCGUCCUGAUAGGCCAACGGUACUGGAUUGUGCCUCUGUCCCUCUCCUCACCAGUCCCACCCUCAGUGCAGCCAUGACGUCCUUCACUAGGAUACGGACCUAUUUCUUACUAUGCUGCUUCCUAUCUAGUCUGGUGCUUCCUGUGACAUCACAAACAGUGGUGCAAGCUCCACAGACUCAUACUGCUGGCUCCCAAGUGAUCACAGCGUUACUUCAGGAGGAGGAGUAUGCAUCAUUUCAUGCAGAGAAUCCUGAGUGGACAUUUAAUCACCUGGCUGUGGACUAUCGUAAUGGCAAUGUUUAUUUGGGAGCUGUCAAUCGCAUAUACAAACUGUCCCCAAACUUAGAGGUCCAAAAAUCCCAUGAGACUGGCCCAGAUGAAGACAAUCGCAAGUGCUAUCCACCACGAAUUGUCCAACCCUGCAGUGAGCCACUGACACUCACUAACAAUGUCAACAAGAUGCUUUUGAUGGACUAUCGGGAGAACCGGCUGCUGGCUUGUGGCAGUCUCUACCAGGGCAUUUGUAAAAUCCUUCGUCUGGAUGACCUAUUUAAACUAGGAGAGCCCUUCCACAAGAAGGAACACUACCUCUCUGGUGUUAAUGAGAGUGGUUCUGUGUUUGGUGUCAUUGUUUCUUAUGGCAACGCCUCUCCAGACAUGCUGUUUGUAGCCACAGCAGUGGAUGGCAAGCCAGAAUACUUCCCUACCAUCUCUAGCCGUAAGUUGGCCAGAAACUCAGAGGAGGACGGCAUGUUUGCAUAUGUCUUCCACGAUGAGUUUGUGGCCUCUAUGAUUAAAAUCCCUUCAGAUACCUUCACUGUCAUUCCAGACUUUGACAUAUACUAUAUUUAUGGCUUUGCCAGUGGGAACUUUGUUUACUUUCUGACACUGCAGCCUGAAAUGGGAGGUGGGCCGACCACUGGAUCGUCCUCUGCUGGUCGAGAACAGGUCUACACUUCUAAGAUAGUCCGCCUCUGCAAGGCAGACACUGCAUUCAACUCCUAUGUGGAGGUGCCUAUUGGAUGCAUUAGCGACAACGUGGAGUACCGAUUACUUGAGGCAGCCUACCUGUCAAAAGCUGGUGCUAUCCUGGCACGCUCGCUAGAUGUGGCACCAGAUGACGAUGUCUUGUUCGCCAUAUUCUCAAAGGGCCAGAAGAGACGUCCACGCCAGGCCUCCCAGGAUUCUGCAUUGUGUGUUUUCUCUCUGCGCAAGAUCAAUGAGAAAAUCAAGGAAAGGCUACAGUCCUGCUACAAGGGAGAGGGCACCCUGGACCUUGCUUGGCUGAAAGUCAAAGAUAUUCCCUGCAGCAGUGCGCUCUUGACCAUUGACGACGACUUUUGUGGCCUGGACAUGAAUGCUCCAUUGGGCGUCUCUGAGAUGGUGAGAGGCAAGCCUCUCUUUUCUGACGCCGUUGACAAAAUGUCGUCAGUCAUUGCCUACGUCUACAAGAACCACUCACUGGUCUUCGUGGGAACAAAAAGCGGUCAAGUCAAGAAGGUAUGUAAACGCAUUGAAGACACGCAUUGUAUAGACAGUCAUUUAUACAGUGGUGUAAUUUCUGAGCAGUUACCAUGUUUUAUGCAAGGCAAAUGUGUCAGACCUGUCUUGAAGAGUUAAGUCAUUAAUUUAUGAAUAAUUAAUGAAAGGAUGUGAGUCCACUAGUAAAUGGUCACUUUUAAACAAAUACCCUUAUAAAAAUCAGAUUUAUAGCUUUAUCCUUAUCGUGUUCAUGUGGAAAUUAUUUAAUUUAGUAACUGAUUUUUUAGCCUUAGUUUUUUUUACUUGUAUUGUACACUCUUGCAGUUAUAUGGACUCAAACUGUCAUACACAUCCUGUCUAUAUCCAGACAGUUUCCAGUCCCAAUGUAGGGAUUAAUUGACAAUGUUCUUGUUGCAUCAGCAUUACCUUUUGCCUCUUACUACUGAAUAAGCACUGAAGAAAAAAUAAAAACGUAGCCAUGUGAUUUUCCAAGGGUUUUGUGGGGGUUUUGUCUGUGACCUGCGUGGCCAUCCUGUUUGAGCCAUUGCCCUUUGGCCAGAGGCUCUCUUAAUCAAUUUGCAGCUGGCACAGCAGACACCAUGCCGCUAGUUUAGCAUCUGGUGUGUGUUAGGAGCUUCUGUCCUCCCUCUGAUAUGUUUAUGUUUUUCUUGUCUCUCCCUUCUUCUGUUUUUCAGAAAGUUCUGCUCUUUGACAAUUACUUUGUUUUUAUUAACCCAGUAAAAGCUGUGUGUACUCACAGACCUGGACAUAGGUGAAUGUUGCUAAAUCAUCAGUAAAAACCUGUGUGUUUGGUCAGCGGUGAUGCUAGUAUUGAUCCUUUGGGACUUGUCUUCAAUGAUGGCACUCUGUCAUCCCGUGUUUCCCUUAUCCACACACACAUACAGAGACCUUGAUAAUAAUAUGACUGGAGGCAGAUAUUGCACUGCACUGUCAGCGGUGUUUACAGUACAGCCACACAUUAGGUCCACAGAGGAUGCUAUAAUGACUGUAGAGCUUUGAGUGGUAGCAGCACUGUGCAUUUGUGUGUGCAUGUGCACAUGGAACUGUUUAAUCUUUUAUGUUUAGAGAGACGUUGCUUUCAUAAAAUCUACAUGCGUAGCUUGUUUGGUUGUGUCAGACACCAGAUUACUGGCUGUGUGUUGGUGUAAGUUUGUCAGUGUUUGCUUGGACAGAAUGGUAUAUACUGCUUCAAGAGCUGUGAAGAGAACAAAACAUCCAUGCACAUCAGUGCUAAACUCCACCUCCUUCUAUUAUCUCAUACUCACAUGUGUGCUGUCUAAAGCUGUCCAGUGAAAUUACAAAAUCUACUACUUGUCAGUCUCAUAGCCUUUCUCAUAAUGAGAAACUCCACUUUUUAGCGCUAAUGUUUGUUUUGUUACUUCUCCAACACAUUUGUUGGCUUUUGGUGAUUCUUCCCAGAUGGUGACCAAAUAAUGUGUCAAAUAAUGAUGAAGUGUGCUCCAUCUAAACAACAAGCAAACACAUAAAAUACAGAAACGUAGCACUUGUAUGUCCAAGAUGGAUGAAAUAUGCACAAACAGUCGUGAGAUUCUUUCAUUAAUACGACAAUAUUGAUCACCCUUACUUCCUGCCCCACAAUAGAUGUUGCCAAUGGUAACCCAUCUUUACAGUGGGAAUGAUUAAUAGCCUUUCCCACUAUUUGUUCACAUCUCCUGUUUUUGUCUUCAUUUCUCCUGCUUCCCAAAUCUGCCAAGUUUCACAGCGGGGAGCAUGUCUGUGUCAGUGAAACCUUCAUGUGACUUGCGAAAUAAUCUAAACUUCUCUAAACUUGUCCAUCUGUUUAAACAACUUUCUCCCGGAGAUGUUUGUAUUUGGCAGCAUUCGUUCAUUUUACAAAAGUCUAGCUGGAUGUUUUUAUUUCUCUUCUUUCAAAAGAUUUCUUCUGUGGAGCCAGAGGUCAUUCACAAAGUAAAGCAACCAGACAUAGUUGUACAUCCAUCAGUUCUUUCCCCACCAUUCUUUUAAAACUCAGGUCGGUUGCUGAAGCCACAGAGUACAGGAACGUUCACUACAGACACACAUCCCUUACAUUUUUCUGAUAUUAUCCGUAGCACUUUCUGACGAAGUACAGCCUUUCAUCCUUCGUCUUGCUAACACCAGGCAGAAAUCUCUUCUUUCUCUUGUCCAAGGUCAUUGUGUGAUUCUCAAUAAUAACUUUUCUCCUGUUUCAUUAGCCAUACAUCUGAUUUUAAAAUGAUAUUUUUUAUUAUUAAUGAUUACAGUCUGCUUAACGUACAACUGCAAUGUACUUGCUUAACAAAAAUUUCUAAGACAUAUUCCCUAAAUUCCUAAACAUUUCCUAAAUUGCUAAAAUCCUUUUAGAAAUUGAAUAGAUUAAUCUCUUUUCACAUAUGGCCCCAUUUUUUUCUUUUUUAAAGACUGAAUUAUUGCAAUUAUUAUACUAGCUUUGUUUUGUUUCAAUUUUUCCCAGACUUUGCUUUGAUAUUUAGUUGACCUCAAGCAGACUGGUCCAGUUGAAUAUUCUUUGUUCAAUUCAAAUAUCUUGUCCUGAAGAGAAUUCAAAGAUCCAAAGAUUCAACACAUGAUACACAAUAAAAACAAAUCUACACAAUAAGGAAAUAUCAGGAGGUUGCAUUGUCUCAAUUUUUUAAGGCAUAGUGUGUGUAUCACCAAUAUUAUUCCACACAAUGUUGGACAUAGUGCAAAAGGUAAUUCUUCAGUCUGUCAUUCUGGUGUGAUUUUAACUUCGGCAGCACAGCUUUUGAGGAUGCUUCCAAGCCAAAAUGCAUCGCCACAGCAAUUAUUAUGCCAGCGUAUGCUGUCAUUGCUGUUAUCAUAAAGACUUUAAGUGGAAGCCCAUUGACCUUUUAACCAGAGCUUUUCCUUCCUCGUCACAAAGGAAGCUGUUAAGCUCUUAACAGGACUUCUUACCUAGAUUUUCAAUUGCUGUCUCUGGAUGGAAAACCCUGCCACAAGAUGAAAAGCACUUAAUCCAUCAGGUGAUGUCAGAGGGCUGAGAUGGUGUCAAGAGAGAGAAAGUGUGUAAGCAGGACAACCUGUGAUUUAAUUUUUUUUUUUUUUUUGGUUGUAGUUCCUUUCACACAGUUUACAGAGGUGUUUGUUUUUUUUUAAUCCACCAUCCUUACAAUUUGACUUCCCUUUAAGUCUGACUAACACUCUCAACUCUGCACGCCCCUCCCUAAAAAGCUAUCCGAGACCCACCUGGCUGCACCUGCCUCCACCCGCUCCACCUGAACGCCCUGUCAUCCUCCCAUGCAAUUUAAUUGCUCAUGUGAUAGUGUAAUCCAUGCUAAUUUAGGCAGAUGAGAUGUGUAGCAGUGGAAAUGCCACAUGUCUCAGCAUGGUGUCAUGGGCUGGUGUGAUCACUCCUUGCUUGGAGGAGAUUCAGUGGAACAGCAGUCUGGACAGCUGCAGGAGUAGAGUGAAAAGGAAGACGGGUGAUUAGAGGUAGAGAUGAAAAUGGGAACAGAAACAUCUGUGAAAUUUGGAGUUAUAAUUGUUGCUCUAAGUUAUUCUCAAGCAAACUGGAUACAAGUAGCUACAGCUGUGCCAGUUUUUCUCUCUUAAACUUAAUUUAAAUCUAAGCAAAUGUAAAUGUACAUAAAUUUAAAAAUAUUUACUAUGUUGUAAGAUAACAAUAAUUUCAAUUAAUGCAGAUGUAGUGCAAUAUAUAGUCACACUGUGCUGCGUGUAUUGCACAGUACACAGCUUUUCCAUGUUGUCUGUACUUGCUGGAUAUUUCUCAUGACACAGCAGCAGCCCAUCUGGACUGAUUGUAAUUCAUUGAGGGUGUUUGCUGACUCACUGUUUGUCUCUCCGCCUUCUGUCAUAUUAUCCUGAGUGACAACAUUUGACGUGGCAAGGUCGUCCGCUUAGAUGCACACACUCACUUCUUGAGGUAACUUUGUCUGCAAGUCAGAAGUCCUGAUUUUAAUUCUGAUUGAUUAACGGCAACUAUAACAUCAGUCACUUCUCAGUGCAAAUAAUAAAUCAAGUUAUUCGAUUACUGAUCACCUAUGGCAACCGUGGUGACCUUUUUAUCUGAAGAGAAUGUACUGAAGUGAAGACAAAUAAGUGACAGAUAGCACUAGAGUGCUUUCCCUCCGUCAUGCAUGUAGUAGUCUUAAAUACAAAGCCAUUAUUAUUAGUGUUAUCAUUCUCAGUGGAAUCAUAGUGAGCUGCUGGUCUCACAGCUACGUCUGGAACACAUUAAAAUGCUAAUCAUAUCAUGCACUCAGCAGUCACUUUUCUUCUCAUUUUUCAUAUUUUCUCUCAGUCUCUAUACUCCUGUGUCAGACGUUCUAUCCCUCUUCUCACAUUCUCCCCACUCACUGGUAUAAGUGUACAAUCCUAGCUGAUUGUAGGGGAAACAGAGGAGUACAUAAAUAAUGUAUCAUUUUCUCUCUGCAGAUGAAACAGUGAUUUUGUUUUCUCAGUUUCUGCUUCAGUUCAGAUUUUCUCUUCACCUCCCUUUGUAUUGGAUACUCAUAUUCUCCACCGCUCCCUUUCCCUUCCUCAAGACUUCUUUUUGCUUAUUAUCAGCAGUCAUCUUCACCUCUUCAAGCCUCUCAGCACAGAUUUGGACCCCUUUCAGUACUCCCCCAAUUUACUUAUCCACCAUAAAUUUUGGACAUCAUAUAUAAAGGCGCUUCUCUGUCCAUUUCCCCCCUCCUGCUUUUAAAAUAGGUAUUGCUGCCAUUGCUCCCACUAGAUCACUGACUGGACAGAGCACAUCUAAAUGGGGCUUAAAUUAUGUAGGGUGAAUACCAGCGUACCUCUAGCAUGCAAACCAGCUGUUAAACCGUGUUCCCAUGGUAAUGUGCUACAAUCUGAGAAGUGCUACCCAACUUUUUACUUUGGUUUGAUAGCAUUUUAGCGUGAUAGACUGCAUGUCUGCAUUUAUGUGCGCAAGUGUGUAUGUGUGUUCACCCUUUGGCAAUGUGUCCAUAACAUUUUCAGGGACCGUGUUUUGAUAAAGCACCUUCUUCAGGAGAAGACUUUGAAGAUUUGUGUGUAUGUGCAUGGCCGUGCGUGUGAGUGUGAGAGAGACUAUUUCCAGCUGUGUGUGCUAUAUAUGAGAAAUGUGGACGUUACCCUUGCCCGAUUCUCCCUAAUAAUUUUUAACUCACAUGCUCGUUUUUUUUUUUUCAAAUUAUCUAAAACUGUUCUACAGGAACCACUCAGAGCUUUGUUUGCACGUUAAAGUUAUUUAAUGUCUUUUUUAGCCCACUAAACUUUUCCACCCUGAUUAAAGUUUGACGAUCAAAAUGCGCAGCAGCUGCCAGAGACACCUCUUUUAAAGACUCCGCUUCAAAGCACUCAGCUAUAUAAUCCAAAACUGAACAUGUUGCACAGUAUUGUUCCAAAAUAAAACUUAACCGAACAGGAAUUAGUGGGACGAUACCCUCCCUCCUGUUCCUUGUUAUUUGAAUUGCUCUGAGUCACUCGACCUCUCAUGAAUAUUCAGAGCUGCAGUUGGUCUGCUUUUGUUUUCACCCUCCGUCUUUAUUUAGUUGUCCCUCUCUGAGAAAUGGCCAGUUUUCCACCUACACAAAGGCAUAGAGAAGCAAUCUCGCUGCCCCCCUACCAUCACAACACACACACAUACACAAAAGCACUGUCUCACUCAAUCACACUGUAGUAGUUGGAACGACAACCUGAUACUCACUCCAUUCAUGAAUAUUCAUCCACACCUGGUUCCGGCAGAAAGUUUUAAGCAGUUUUGUUUUUUUUGUUCUUUUCACAGCCAAGACAGAAGUUGGAACCUGGGCUUUAGUCAUUUGUGUGUGUGUGUGUUCUGUGCUUAACACUCGCCUGUGUAUAAUAGGCUUUAUCUUUAUUUCAGUAUUCUUUCUUCUAUAUACUAGUCUACCUGUGCACUAAAGCUAUAGCUUUUGCGACAUAAAAAUGUAUUAAGUAUAAUUGGUUGAUAUUCUGACCUUGUGGUAAAAUUAUGCUUUUAUUCUCCUGGUGGGAGCUCGCAUAUCAUAUUUCUUUUGCCUGUGAAAUAGUAAAGGUUACCAAAUGGUGACAGGCUGAUUUGCUUUACCUCCUAACAGCACAGCCAUUAUGCAAAUCAGCCAUUUCUUGCUACCUUUUUGGGGGCUUUAAGGAGCUUUAGUGGUAUAUGUGAUGUCUGGUAUACAAUGCUCACUGAUCUAUACCUCAAGGAAAGUCUGUGAUGUCAUCCAACAGACCAAAGCAGUGAUGCAACAUCGGGGGAGGGUUUGGCAAUCUGGGGAUUAUAGUUUGGUGAGAAGGGUUUCGCAGAUUGACAUCGUUGCCCCGGGCUGUUAGAGGAUGUGUGCAUGCAUGCUACCAUUUAUGCUAAAGUGCGUGUCUGAUAUUGUUGUGCCAGACUCUUCACAGCUUUAGUUUACAGCUUGUUUGAACUUGUUUGGGUGCCUGUCUGUCUUCUGUCCUUUUUCCUUUGCUUUUCUAGUUUGAAUUUUAACCUUCUCUUAUUUCAUUGCUUUCAACCCUGACUUAUCCUACCAUGUUGUCUCUCCACCCCUCAAAAAACUAUCCCCGUUUGAGGGCUGUGGUAAGAGAAUCGAGAAAGCAAGGGAACAUGACUCAUCAGAAACAAGCUACUGGCCCGGUCUAGUCACACAACAACAGUAUCUCUAUCUUUACUUCCUGUUUCUAAUGCUUCCACAUAAACACGCUUAAUGCACACACACGUGCACACACAAUUCCUUACCCUUCAAGCUGCCAGUGUUUGAGAGGGUGCGUUUAGGGAAUGAGCAGAGGAGGGGAACACGACAUGCUCAUUAAAGAGAGAAGUUACUGGCUUCGUCCAAACACAGAGAAAAUGGUGAGAACAACUUCUCUGUGCUGAGUGUCAGAACUGCCGGGAAAAGUGGAGACAAAAUAGGAGGGAACAAGUGAGCAAGCAGUGAUAGAGGUGCAUCACAGGGAGAACAUUAGAGAUAGUAGUUUAUCUUGUUUGGCUCUUUGGAUGACAGUAGUGUGGUCUUUCUCUUCGUUCUCUUUUUGUGUUUGUGUGUGUGUGGAUAGGUGUGUGUAGUGUGUGUCCAUCAAACCAGUUUCAGGAUGGAAAGAUAAAAACACAAUGGAGCCUUUGAUGUCAUUUUCAAAGACUAUAUCAGUUAAACACCAAACCAAAUAGCACUUUUUAACUAAUGCUAUUCACACAUCAGAGCAGCAUAAUAUCCCCGCACUGACUUCAAACAUGACUGCCCACUUGAACAAGUACAUGAUUGAAUAGCCUUAGUAAUUUAUUUGGAAAUGAAGAGUUGUUUUACAAAACUGCAUCAAAUGCUAUAUAUAUAAAAAGUGGAUGAUUUAACUUUUUGUUUUGAUGACAUAUAUUGACAUUCAUUUUACACCAAUGAACAAUCAUUUUCCUCUUUUUAUUUGAUAUAGACUUUCUGAUCUCUUUCUUCUUACGGGGCCUAUUUGACAUGCGCAGUAGUGUUUCUCUUGUUCUGCACUGUUAACUUACAUGAGGCUAAAGUCACUUUAAAUGGGUGAAACACUUGAUUACACUCCACUGUCAGCACUGAAACAUGUCUCUUUGUUCUCAAGCCAAGAUUGAUCUAAGGCAGUAAUGUAGUAAAAAGAUAAAUUUGUUGUUUUUAUGGAAAUAUGACAGUCCCUUGAGGAUUGGUGCUGCACCAAUGUGCAGUCAAUCUUAAAUCACUGAAAUCAGUAUGACCUCAUUUUGACUUGGUGGCGGUGAUCUCAUCGUGAAGCACACGUUUACUGUCAAGUUGAGACGGAGCUAUAGCUACAUCACUGGACGCUUUUCGAAUAUUGAUUAAAUGUUACUCACCUGUUUAUUCAGUACACAAUGAUUAGCCAACAUUUGUGUUCUCUCACCAGUACCCAUUUAAAAUAUAAUUAAAUAUACAUAUAUCUGUAUAAUAUACGCUCCCCAGACACCAGACAGACAUUUGCUUUCAGACCUGCCUUAAUUUGGCUAUAGCCAAACGGCUUUAAAUUUCAAUGUGUUUUGCAUUCAAAGGUACUCUUCUGUAUACUUACUGAUACGACUGGUUACCGUUACCUUCCUUUUAGCUUGAUGCAGUCUGGCCAUUUUCUUCUGACCUCUGGCAUCAGCAAGGCUUUCAGCCCGAGACUGCUACUCAGUAGAUAUUUUCUCUAUUUGGACCAUUCUCUGUAAACCUGCGCGAUGGUUUUGUGGGGAUAUCCCAGUAUAUUAGCAGCUUCUGAAAUACUCGGACCAGCCCAACAACCAUGCCACAUUCAAAGUCACUUAAAUUGCCUUUCUUUCCCAUUUUGAUGUUCAGUUUUGAACUUCAGCAUAUCAUACCAUAUGGUCUAAAUGCAUUGAAUUGCUGCUGUGGGAUUGGCUGAUUACAUAUUUGUAUCAACGAGCUUUUGAACAGCUGUGUGUAAGAAUAUAGCAGGUGAGUGUACUUUUACUGUAGUUUUUAUUGUCAUUGUACAAAGCCUUUGUUACUGAGUGUUUCUAUCUUCCUCUGCGCUUCCUUUAUCCCUCGUUCUGUUUCAUUGUCUCUAACCCUUCACCUUUCACUUUGAUUGCUGCUGUUGGGAUGCAGUCCGCACAAGUCCUUAGAUAUUUCCACUUUUCUCAUGCUCUCAUUCUCGCAAAGCAAACCAACAUGGCGGCCAAUUACAUCGCCAGACAAUGCUCGCCAUAAAUCAUCCAUUGCACUGUCAGACACAUUGGGACUCAACACUAGAAUUUUCCUUCGACUUGCUCGCUCCUUGCUUUGUUCCUUCCUUUUUUCUAUUUAUGAACUGGUUCAGAGAAUCAUAGAUGCAUUGCAGUCAUGCUUAGCCACAUUCAAUCUGCAUAUCUACCCCAGUUUCUCUUUUGUUCACUUUUUUUCCCGCUUAUAUGCGGAUGCCUAUGUUCUGCCUUCACUUUAAUUACAUUUCUUUUCUUACCUUUGGAGCUUACUUCAACUUUUCAUCAAGGUUGUCACUUGUUUUGAUCUUUCUCAUUGCCUGCUUCUCUCCCCUAAUCGGACUCUUCGUGCUUUAGUUGCAUGCCCGUAAAUGUUUUUGACAAGGCUUUCCAGAAGGCUAAUUAUUUGGUUCAUUAGUGUUAAGUACAGUAUUUUUUUGUAAGUAAAUUGUAUAAUUCAUUGUCCUCAACCCUUCUCUUUGUCCUGUUUUUUCCCUCCAUUAUUCUGACAUUUUUCAUGACGGAGCACACUACUGUAUUGUUUUUAAUUUUUUUCAUGCUUUCUUUCUGUCUUUAUGUUCUGCUGCUGUUGGUUUUCUCGCCCAAUGCCGGGGAACACAAGCGUGUGACCAUGAGGGCAAAGAGCUUUUGAUGGAGAAUAAGUAGAAAGGCACCACCGGUUCAGAUGCAUACUUUAAAGGGAGAUGAGGAGGGAUUCAGUUCUGUAAAGCAUCACUUUUAAUGCUAUUGAUCUAUAUCUCUACAGAUGUUUGCAUUCUGCAUAGUGUCUCUAGUUCGCUGCACUGCAUGCCUUUGUGUGUGAAGCCUAUAUAUUACAUUGGCAACUGAUAAUUAUUUGUUUCAGUGUCAUCAGAUGAGUAUUAAGACUACAAAAAAGGGGUUGUUGAACUCUAUUAAUUGAACUCUAUUAACUCUAUUAAUAAUAUCUGCUCUUAUUUGAAUUUUUGGGAUUGGGCAUUACUGAAGAUAUACUUUAUAGUGUUUUUACUCUAUCACAAGGUGAAGAUUCAUUGGAUCAUGCUGAAAUGAAUAUGAUCUUUGUCUGUCACUGUAAAACUAUAUAAAAAUGCAUUUAAAAACUUUUUUAAGUGUAUAUUAACAGGUCCUGUCUCCUUUACUGUCACAGCGGGGUGCAUCGGUGUAUUAGUUAGAGCACGACCCAAGAGCAGGCACAGGCGAGGAGACGUGAUGUGACUUUAACAAAAAGCGAGCCUUUAUUAUGGCCGAUAACAGAAGGCAAAACAAAAGCUAAGACGAGUGCAGGCAAGACAACUAAACUGGAAAACGGACUAUGAAAAACCUAUGAUACAGACCUCUAUACGAGACUAUGAAACCGUGAUAAGCUAUGACACCUUGAAGACUAAUUCUAUGACUGUGACUAUGAGAACUGUGACAACUAUGACGAGACAUAACAGGGAAGGUUACACAGACAACACGACCCAGACUGAAUGAAACACAGAGACUAAAUACACACAGGGAUGAUUAGGGGAAGUGGAAACACAUGAGGACACAACUGACUAAAGUCAGCACAGGGGAGAGUAAAACUAAAUACAACGAACAAAGAACACCAGACUCUUUCAAAAUAAAACAGGAAACAAAGAGACAUAGACAUGACACGAACUUGACAAGAGCCACACAGACAUGAAACAUAACAGGUCGACGCACGGACCAGGGAGAGAUGACAAAAGGGACUAAGAAACUAGGACUAAACUUUAACCUAGAAAUUAACUAGAUGAGCUAAACUAGAACACAAAUGACUACAAAAGAUACAUAAAAAUUCAAACACUAGGUCACACGACCCGGUACCCGACAUUUACCUUACACAGUACGUUCAAGAACAUGUAUCACUUGUCAGUGAGAACCCAUUUUCACAUACACACGGCGAGCUACUUCAUUAUAAUCAAGCAGGAAUCUUACAGUUACACAUGUUACAAACUCUACAACCAUAUAUGCAGUUGUGUACGCACUUCAUAUUGUAGCUUUCUGUUUGUGUCAAAAUAGCAAAUUGACUUUGACAAAGCGUUAAAGGUUUUUAAACGUAUCCUUGCCACGUUGACAGGAUUACACGCUGACUUUCUCUCUUCAUAAACUAUGUAUUCGUGUUGAACUUGUUUUUACAAAUUCUCUCAUCAGCUUGCUCCAUGUGAAGCGCGAGAGAGGCUGAAUUUUUCCUUCACUUUGAUUUAUUGCCGGUGCCUGUCAGUAUUAACAAUAAAUAGUACGGGCCUGAAGCAGCAAUGUAGGGACAUUGAUAGAGAGUUUGUGCAUUGCAGUUGUAUCAGUGAAGCCUCCCUCUGGCUGUGUGUUAAUUAAAGUAGCAAAUAGCAACCUUGCGAGAGGCCCGAUAACACUUACCAGUGCUGUGUUUACGACUUUUGUAAGCCUCUGAAACACGCAUGGCAGUGGGCUCACAUGCAUAUUAAUCUACAAAUAAACACUUGACAGACAUGCAAAACCCACGUGUUGUAUCAACUCAGCACAUCAUAAUUAGUCUUUCCUGUUUGUUUUACUUCCGCUGCUUUAUUUUCAUGCACUAAUGGAUUCUGUUAAUGAAUGGGUCUUGCAUCAUAUCACCCCUCCAUCCUUCCACCGUUGCCUCCAUCCUUCCAUCCCAGCUUACUUUAUUAUGUUUACAAAAAGGCAACAGCAGUCAUAAAAAGCUUCUCCAGCGCAUCUAUUCCAAUUAGCUGGCUAAUUAUUUCAUUUUCUUAUGUGUGUAACUCAACACUGAAAGAGACUGCCAGAAUCUAAGUGGUUUUAAAUGUUAUUUUUUUUCUUGUGCAGACUUGAUAUGUUUGUGUUUCCGUAUCUUCCCCUACUGUGUUUACCGUUUUUCCUUGAAACUUAAACUGCGGUGAUGAUUUUUUUUUUUUUUCAAAA